UUGACCUUCAGAAAUUUAGCGCUUGCCAAGUAUUACACAUUGACUAACAAAGUUAUCAAGAUGGCUUUUCUUAGCAGUUGCUGGAUUUCUGUUCACAGUUUUUGUUCUUCCCUGUUCCAGAGGUUGAGGUCUUUUGCCCUGCGGCUUGGCCAGUCGCAGGGCGAGGGUGGGACUUGUACUGAGGUGACUGAGGCUAUGAGGGCACUACCUCCCGGUAGUGAUGAGGUCGUUGCUUUGGCUGUGACGGAGGAGCUGUCUACUGAGGUGACUCCCUUCGCUAGCCAGGACCCCGUCCGCCCUGUUGUAGAUGUUGCGGUAAUCCCAGAGGAUACGCCCGCCGCUGACGUCGAAGGUGGCAAGAAAGAGCAUCAAUAGGCAGUUAACUAAAUUUUGUCAUGAGCAGGAAAGGGACAUCAAAGAACAGUGGACAAGAAUUUAUUGUGAAGCCAAAAAAGGGACAUCAGAGUGCAGUGGACGAGAUUUUUUUAAGAAGGAAGAAAGAAUAUUAACAAUUCAGUGGACUGGAUUUAAUUAUGAAUCGAGAAAAGGAACAUCAAAGUGCAGUAAAUGGAAUUUUAUUAUGAAAUGCAAGGAAGGGACAUCAAAGUGCAAUGGACUGGAGACUACUGGGGAGAAGAUGUUGCUUCAAAAGAUUGGUAGAGUUGCUUUUUGCUACAGGUGCAAAGCCCUGACAGAUUUCUUUACUAUUUAUUGAGACAUGCUAACGGUACCUUCAAGGAAGAAACAUCAAAGUGCAAUCGGCUUGGAUUUUAUUUAAGUGCAGUGGACGGACCGGAUUUUCUAAGAAUGAAGAGAGGAUAUUCUGAUGUUAAUGUGACCCAUGAAAGUGACUGUAUUCAUUUAUAGUGUUUAAAGUGAAGAAAUAACAUAAAAAUAUUAAUCAUUGGAAUUGAUACUUUUUGUGGGGGUGGGAAUCUCUGUCCUGUGUAUACCAUUUCUUCCCAUUCAUCCUACCUAAUAUUUCAUCCUGACCCUACCCAUCCCAUCCCUGAUUGGUUAACCAGAUAUGAUUGUACAAAUAAUAUAUGAUAUAGCAUAUUUGAAUUAAAAUAUAAAUGUAGAGCAUGGCCACAAAAUAAACAGAGAAAAGAUGUGUAUAAAUCAAUUUAAUAUGAAAUAUGUUGGUAUGAAAUCAUGUCUUAUUCAUGCAAUUGACACUUUCUAUAUUCACACUAUAUGAAGUGGUAAAAGUACACUUCUUUAUAAGCAAAUGUAUGUAUAUGAUAAAAAAGGUUGAAAACUUGAAUUUUUCGAGACAUUCAUAAUAUUAUUAUGGAUAGAGUCUAUUAUCUGAAGUGGAAUAAUUAUUAAAUCUGGAACCAAGCUUGUACAGCUUUUUUUCGGAAGUUACACUCUCGCGAUAUUUUGAAAAGAAUUAUUUUUAAAGGUAAUUAUGUUUUUCUCUUUCUUACAUAUUUGCUGAAUUUCAAGAGUAAUUUAUAUUUCUUGUUGCCAUGCUUACUUACAGUACUUAUACCAGUUCAUUUUCAUUCAGUUUGAGCUGCAAGGUGAAGCAGGAAAAUGGUGUCAAGUGUCAAGGCAAGCCAAAGAAGCAGUACUGGAUUUUCCCUAGAAAAUUUGAGCUGCAAGUUGAAGCAGGAAAAUGGUGUCAAGUGUCAAGGCAGGCCAAAGAAGCAGUACUGGAUUUUCCCCAGAAAAUUUGAGCUGCAAGUUGAAGCAGGAAAAUGGUGUCAAGGCAAGUCAAAGAAGCAGUACUGGAUUUCCCCCAGAAAAUUUGAGCUGCAAGUUGAAGCAGGAAAAUGGUGUCAAGUGUCAAGGCAAGCCAAAGAAGCAGUACUGGAUUUCCCCCAGAAAAGUAUGAAGAAUGUGUGUGAAAAAAGUGACUGUGUUUAUUUGUAGUAUUUAAAGUGAAGAAAGAACAUAAAAAAAAUUUAAUCAUUGGAAUUGAUAUUUUCUGUGGGGGUGGAAAUCUGUGUCCUUUGUAGUCCAGUUCCUUCCCAUCAGUCCUAACCCUAUUUCAUCUUGACCCGGCCCAUCCCAUUCUUGAUUUGUAAUCCAGAUAUGAAUGUACAAAUAAUAUAUAUCAUAUUUGAAUUAAAAUAUUAAUAUACAGCAUGGCCACAAAAUAAGCAGAGAGAUGUAUAUAGAUGAAUUUAAUAUGAAAUAUGUUAGUGUGAAAAUAUGUCUUAUGCAUGCAAUUGUCACAUGCGAUAGUAACACUUUGUAAGAAUUGAUA